AUGGACCUACUUUUAUACUUACUCAGCUUUUUGUUGCUAAUUUUAUUUACUUUGAUUUAUCUUUAUUGUAGAAACCAGUGUUGCUAUUAAGUAGAAGAGAAGUAAAAUUUUGAAGGUGAAAAUAUAAAAAAGACAGAACAAGAAUAAAUUAUAUAGGAACAAGCAAAGAAGCAAUAAAUUAAAGGAGAAAAUAUAAUAAAGAUUGAACAAGAAAAAUUUAGAUAGUAAGAAAUAUAACAAGAAGAAAUAUAUGAAAAAAACAAUUUAAAGCAAUAAAAGUAAAUUAUUAAAUAACAAUAAUAACCUAUAAUCUAAUAAACAUCAAUAUAUAAACAAAUUAGUAAAUAACCAAUUAAACAAUAUAAAUAAAAAUUAAAUUCAGAAAUGAAUAAAUUAGAUAAUAAUAUUAUUGCUACUUAUAAUCAAAAAUAAUACUAUAAAAAUUAAUAUUAACAAUAAUUAUUCAAAAAAUUAAAAGAUUCAGGAGAAGUAAAAUAAAUACCUCAUGUAAAAUAGAACAUUGAAGCUUCAAAUCCUGAAGUAGCAUUUUAUGUUUUAAAAGAAUCAUUAUUAAGAGAUUAAAAUAGAGAAUUAUUAUAAACUAGUAAAUAAUAUUCAUUUGGAUUUGAUUCAAUUCUAGGUGCAUAUGGUUCAGAUUAAUCUUGUUUAAAGGUUAGAAAUACAAAUCUUGAUUAUGAUACAAUUGUGAAUGACAAUCAAUUAUUAGAAAAACAUUUAUUGGAAUUUAAAUAAAAACUAUCAAAUUCACUUAAUAUAUCAAUUAAUUAAAUUGAAAUUUUAGGAGUAUCAAAAGGAAGCUUUCAAAUUAAUUUUUAAAUUACAGGUAAAAAUUCAGAUGAGAUUUAAUAAGAGAUUAAAAAUAAUCAAAAUGAAUAGUAAUUCUUAAAUGUAUAUUGUAAUGGGAAAAUUGAAUAUUUAACAUAUUUUGAUUAAGUAAGAGCUGCUGGAGGAAAUUGGGCAAAAAACUCUGCAGAAGUAAUACUUUCUCCUGAUGAUUUUAAUCCUAAAUUCAAUAGGACUUGGGACAAUUUUCCUGAGAAAGAAUAAAGAGGACCUCCUUAUCAUAGAUAUGAUUAUUAUUUCCCAAUAGGUUGUUAUGGGUUUGGGUUAAAUGUCCAAAAAUAUGGAAAUGAUGAUGAUUGGAUAAAAAUGGAUGGAAAUCCUAAUGAAUGGAGAAUUUUGUAUCAUGGUACUAAAAAUUUUGCUAUUAGCCAAAUUGUUAAAAAUAAUUUAGUACCAGGGUGUGGAUAAGCUCAUGCUACUGAUUAAUGUAAAGAUGAAUUUGGAAAUACAGUUUUUGUUGGGAACGGAAUUUAUUUUUCUGAUAAAUUAUCAGUUUGUGUUUAUGAUGGAAAUGAGUAUGCUCCGUUUACUUAAGUUGGUGAUAAAUAAUUUGCUGUAAUUUUUAUGUCAAGAGUAAAUCCAAAAAAAAUUAGAUAAAGUGAUUUAAUGAAGUCAUUUAAUUAUUUUGUUGUUAAUGAGUCAAAUGAUGUCAGACCAUAUAGAAUACUAUUACACGAAAAAAAAGAAGAAUGAAUUGUUAAUUAUCAAAGUUUGUUUAUUAUGAAAGACUUAUAAAUAAUUUCAAAAAGAUUCNAGAUUCAGGAGAAGUAAAAUAAAUACCUCAUGUAAAAUAGAACAUUGAAGCUUCAAAUCCUGAAGUAGCAUUUUAUGUUUUAAAAGAAUCAUUAUUAAGAGAUUAAAAUAGAGAAUUAUUAUAAACUAGUAAAUAAUAUUCAUUUGGAUUUGAUUCAAUUCUAGGUGCAUAUGGUUCAGAUUAAUCUUGUUUAAAGGUUAGAAAUACAAAUCUUGAUUAUGAUACAAUUGUGAAUGACAAUCAAUUAUUAGAAAAACAUUUAUUGGAAUUUAAAUAAAAACUAUCAAAUUCACUUAAUAUAUCAAUUAAUUAAAUUGAAAUUUUAGGAGUAUCAAAAGGAAGCUUUCAAAUUAAUUUUUAAAUUACAGGUAAAAAUUCAGAUGAGAUUUAAUAAGAGAUUAAAAAUAAUCAAAAUGAAUAGUAAUUCUUAAAUGUAUAUUGUAAUGGGAAAAUUGAAUAUUUAACAUAUUUUGAUUAAGUAAGAGCUGCUGGAGGAAAUUGGGCAAAAAACUCUGCAGAAGUAAUACUUUCUCCUGAUGAUUUUAAUCCUAAAUUCAAUAGGACUUGGGACAAUUUUCCUGAGAAAGAAUAAAGAGGACCUCCUUAUCAUAGAUAUGAUUAUUAUUUCCCAAUAGGUUGUUAUGGGUUUGGGUUAAAUGUCCAAAAAUAUGGAAAUGAUGAUGAUUGGAUAAAAAUGGAUGGAAAUCCUAAUGAAUGGAGAAUUUUGUAUCAUGGUACUAAAAAUUUUGCUAUUAGCCAAAUUGUUAAAAAUAAUUUAGUACCAGGGUGUGGAUAAGCUCAUGCUACUGAUUAAUGUAAAGAUGAAUUUGGAAAUACAGUUUUUGUUGGGAACGGAAUUUAUUUUUCUGAUAAAUUAUCAGUUUGUGUUUAUGAUGGAAAUGAGUAUGCUCCGUUUACUUAAGUUGGUGAUAAAUAAUUUGCUGUAAUUUUUAUGUCAAGAGUAAAUCCAAAAAAAAUUAGAUAAAGUGAUUUAAUGAAGUCAUUUAAUUAUUUUGUUGUUAAUGAGUCAAAUGAUGUCAGACCAUAUAGAAUACUAUUACACGAAAAAAAAGAAGAAUGA